AUGUCGCUUAACGAAGAUGUACUUUCUCAAAUAUUUGAAGUAUUAAGAGAAGAUAAAAAUUCUCUCUAUUCAUGUCUUUUCGUUAACAAAAUCUGGUGCGUAACAGCUGUACCAAUUUUAUGGAGAAAUCCUAAUUCUUAUUAUAACUUUAAUCCUUUUUCAUUACUUUAUUAUACCAUUGAUUCUGAUAAAUCAAAAAAAAUAUUAUUUAAUAUAAUACUUUUAAAUUUAUCAGAAGAAUCGAGAGAUAUUUUGAAGAAUCAAGGAAUCGAUAUUAAUAAUUUUAUUACAGAAAAAUAUAAGCGACCUUUAUUUAAUUAUAUUAAUUAUUGGAAAUAUUUGAAUUUAUUAUUUAUAGAAAAGUUGAUUACUUAUAGUGGGAUUGAAACGUCCAAAGUAUCUAUUAUAAGAAACGAGAUAUUAAAGUUAUUCAUAAACACAAAUACAAACUUUAUUCAUCUUACUGUUUUAAAAUAUGUAAGUUGUUCACUAAUGGAUUUAAAAUAUCGACUUAAUUAUAUUUCAGAAUUUAAAUGUUGCUUUUCAAAUCUUGAAUCCAUUCAUUGUAAUAAUUAUAUUAGUGAUAAUAUUUUGGAGGAAUUAGCUAAAAUAUGUAAAUCAAUUAAGAAAUUAAGAUUUGAUAUUAUUUGUCAAACUAUUACUUAUGGAAUCAUUAAAUUAAUUGAAGCACAAAAUAAUUUGAAUGACAUCAAUUUCUCUAAUUUUGUAGUUUUUAAUCAUAGUCAUAACCAAUUAAUAAGAUAUUUUGAAAAAUCAUUGAUUAAGCAUGCGGAUACUAUUCAAUAUUUAAAAAUCAAUAGUAUUCCUGAUAUGGGACUUAGGAGAUUUCUUUCAUAUUUCGUAAAUUUAUUAAGUUUAGAAAUUAUGUUUAGCGUAUUUUAUAAUGAUUUUUAUGGAGAAAAUUUAUCAUUACCCAAUUUAAAAAUUUUAAAAGUUCGACUAGUUUCACCUAAUAUUGUGACAAGUAUAAUCGAAAACACAAAAGGGAACCUUUCUGAAAUUAGUUUAGUUUAUGAUGGUUAUAAUGAAAAAAUUAUACAAGCAAUAUAUGAAAAUUGUCCAAAUCUUCAAUAUCUUAAAUUAUCAUAUAAUCUUGCUGGAUUACUUAUCUCAGGAUUGGAAAAUUUAUUAACUAGUUGUCAAUUUUUAAAUGAAUUAGUUAUUGAAACACAUAAUAAUUAUAAUAUGGAUGAAUUAUUUAUAUUAUUGACUAAAUUUUCACCAAUUACUUUGUUUAAGUUUGAAUUUAUUACUUAUGAAAUUAAUUUAGAUAAUAUAAAAUUAUUUCUUGACAAUUGGAAAGAUAGAAAUCCUAUGUUAUUAAAAUUAAAUGUAAGAGGCAAGGAAAUAAAGCAGCAAUUAGAAGAUUUGGCUGAAGAAUAUAAAAAUAAAAAAGAAUAUACAAGAGAUUUAAAUGAAUCAAUGGCUUUAAAAUGUUUAAAUAAUUCUCAGAAUAUUUCUAGUAAUUUUCUAAAUGAGGUUAAAACAUAUUCAAUUGAUAAUUAUAAUAACUUUGAUAAUUUUUUGAUGGGAUUCUAA